GUCAGUGCAUGACCGUCAACGCAGCAGACAUUUUGGUCAAAAUAGAGAGAGACUUGCAGUUUAUCUCCUGAUUAGUGCAGUAAGACAAGACCCUUGUUAAACUGCAGCUACAUUACACUUUACCUUCAUCAUGUGGUAUGAAAUACUGCCCGGAUUUGGUAUAAUGACGGCUUGUUUGAUCAUUCCUGGAGUGGCCACUUCUUACAUACAUAAAUUUACCAACGGUGGAAAGGAGAAAAGAAUCGCAAGAGUUCCUUACCAGUGGUACUUGAUGGAGAGAGACAAGCGAGUGUCAGGGACUGGACUAUAUUACCAGUCAAAGGGACUUGAAAACAUUAAAUGAAGAUUUUGCCAUACCUCUGCCCCUGUCUAAAUGUUUUGCAACAUGCAUUUUGACUAGCCAUCUAUUAAAAUUAUUUAUAUAUGUA